AUGUCGUACCUGGCGGCAUCGACUCAUUUCAACAACUGGGUCUUCUCGACAGAGGAGCUAGCGCGUGUACGGCGUCUGCAGCAUGUGAAGACCAAGCGCGCGCUCCGACUGGAGCGCGAGGAGUCUCAGAAGCCCGAAGCUUCGGCUAACAACGGUCGCAAAGCGCGGUCUUUCGCUGCGCUAGUGCCAAGCUCGUCGACUGCUAUGCGCGACACUUUUGACUGGAAUGAUGAAGUAGACGUGGAUCUAUCGGGGCUGGAGGAAGCGGAGGAGAAGGCCAAUCUCCAGUUAACACCUCUGCUGGAGUUUCUGAACCCAGAACAAGAGGCGUUGUUACGAGCCUUCUACGAGGAAAAGAUCCAGGAGAGCUGCAGCGCUCAGUUCCUUCGCACAUCAGACAAGGUCAAGUGCUGCGCCGUCUUGCUAUUCAAGAGGUUUUAUCUAAGCAAUAGUGUCAUGGAGUUCCACCCCAAGUUUAUUGUCCCGACCGCUAUCUACGUAGCUGGCAAGGUCGAGGAGCAGUACAUGUCGGUGGAUACAGUGGCUGACCAGCUUCAUGUGGACCACAAGUUCAUUAUUGGUCACGAAAUGGUCUUGCUGGAGGGUGUGCGCUUUCAACUCAUCAUGUAUCACCCAUUCCGCGCGCUAUUGGGCUUUCUAGAUGACUUCCGAGCCUUUGCCAAGCAAGUACUGAAAAAGGAUCUGCCCGCGACGGUUCUGCAAAAGCUGCACGCUAUUUCGACCGCAAUGGUGAACGAUAUGCUUCUCACAGACUUACCACUGCUUCAUUACCCGUCGUAUUUGGCACUUGCAGCACUGUGGCAUGUGACCGACGAUGUUGCAGCCAGUAGCGGUGAAAAGGCUUGCGGACUUGCGAGCGCCGAUGUACUGAGCUACAUCAAGCGCAGCAAGUUCUCUAAGGACCAGCCUGUGGACGAAGUAUCCGGUCGGCUGCAGCAGAUUACACAGGCGUUCCAAGCGUUGAAAGCUGAAAAGCAAAAGGGCGGCGAGGAGGCGACGCAACGUCAUGCCAAGCAGAUAAAGCAGAUCUACAAGAAGCUCAAACAAUUCCACAAAGACGACGAGAAGAAAGAGAAGAAGAAGGAUAAGAGCAGCAAAAAGAAGGAUAAAAAGCGUAAGGACGGAUCGAAGGGAGACAAGAAGAAAGUUAAAAAACAGAAGAAGGAUAAGGCGUAA